UGCCAAAAUUUAUUUCUCGUGAGCUUUUGUUUCGUCUUAAAACAAACCCGAAAUUUUUAAACUAUGAUAAAGAAUUCAGAAUUGAUAAAGAUAUACUGUUCUUGACGUUGACGCGUAAAACGCCGCCACUUGAUAUUUUCCCAUGGCAAAUAAGAAUGGAGAAAUUGUCAACUUUUGACCGGUUGAUUUUUAUAUUGGUGCGUGUUGUGACGCAUAUUGAGAUGGCAACUAUGAAGGAAAUUAAAAUUGGUAGCGAUAAAGAAAUUGAUGGCAAUGGUGGUAAUAGCAAAGGUGAUGGCAAUACUAAGAGGAGGAAAUGGGCUUGGAUAUUAAAGCAUGGUAUUAAUGUUUUACGUGCCACCUGA